CAGCCAGUUCAUGCACAAACGAUCAUAAGCUCUAUCUCUCUCCUCUCUCACUAAAUAUAUCUAUUAACUCUAUUCUUCUUGUUCUUCUUCACGAGGUUAAGUAUGGAUGAAUUUGGAGCUAAGUACGAGUGUUUGUUCUUUGAUAUGGACGAUACUCUAUACCCUUUGAGAAUCGGAAUCAACCUAGCAUGUCGAAAUAACAUCCAAGAGUUCAUGCUUAACCAACUGGGAAUCGAAGAGAGUGAAGUUCCAAAGAUGUGUCUUGAUCUUUACAAAGAAUAUGGAACCACUAUGGCUGGUCUCAAGCUCAUGGGUUAUGAGUUCGACAACGAUGAGUUCCAUGAGUAUGUGCAUGGAAGACUUCCGUAUGAGAAACUAAAACCUGAUCCCAUCCUCCGUAACCUUCUUCUCUCUAUGCCUCACCGUAAGAUCAUCUUUACUAAUGCAGACAAAGCUCACGCGACACGAACUCUUAACCGUUUGGGUCUAGAGGACUGCUUCGAAGGAAUCAUUUGCUUUGAAACACUAAACCCUUCUUCUAACACUAACACUCAAAUCCUCUGUAAACCCUCUGUUCAAGCCUUUGAAGCAGCCAUACGCAUAGUAGGCAUCGUUGAUCCACGCAAAACGAUGUUCUUCGAUGACAGUGUUCGUAACAUCGCUAGUGCUAAAGCAGCAGGGCUCAAAACAGUGUUCGUGGGUGACUCGGUGCUAGUUCCAGAUGCAGACCAUGCACUAAGAAGCAUUCACAACAUUAAGGAAGCUAUACCUGAUCUAUGGGAAGACAACAAAGAUGAUAAGCUCGAGGUGAUUGUUCAGCAAGUGGCGGUUGAAACCAUGGUUCAAGCUUAAAAGACAGACACUUUAAAUAAGAAUCUUACAUGUGAUUAAGAGGAACCUUUCAUUGUACUUUCAAACUCAUAUGUAAUCAUAAAUAAAUAAAAACAUAAGACCAUCAUAACUUGAAA